AUGGCAGAAUUUUACCAUUCAGAUUUUGAAAUCGUUGCUUUAGAAGACUAUAUUUCUUCUUUGGACUUUUCCACUCUUCCAAGAAUUCUGGAGAUUCACUCUGGAGUUUAUUUUCAAGGGUCAGUCUACGAAAUAUCAGGAAAUGAAUGCUGUUUGUCGACAGGAGAGUUUGUUAAAAUAGUUCACGUCGAGCUGCAGAAAGUUGUUUGUGAAAAAGUGGAUGAUAAAUCCAAAUUCGACCUCCCACUGAACUACCCAGGGAACUUCAAGCUUAUUCCUGAAGAAUUUCCUUUCAGCUCAAUUGAAGAAAUAAUUAAGUCAAGAGAAAUUGAGGAAGGUGGUUCAGAAGUAAUCACUUUCCAGUCCUUGACUGAUAUUGUCACUGAGCAUGCUUUUGUUCGGAAGGGAAAUCCCAUAACAAUCAUUUCAACAAAGCUCUACGAGGGACAUAUGUAUGCAGAUUGUACCGUCAACAGCAGUUCUGAGCAAUACCAUGUUUGGCUUCCAUUACUGCUAAAAGGGCAUUUUAAUGAAUGUGAAGAUAACAAAUUGUACACAGUCAAGGAAAUCAUUGAAUCAAAAUCUCUAACAAAAAGGAGAGUAAAGUUAGUUGAAACUGAAGGAGUCUGCACACCCAAUCAUUUUAAUGGGGAACUGAUCAUUUCACCAGUUUAUGAAAUUCAAGCAAUUAUGAAUCACAGAAAAGAGAUCGUGAAAAUACCUUCAACUUUGGAAGUUGACGUGAGGGACGUCACAGAGGAACAGAAAGAUCUUACAUUCAUCAAACCGUUAUCAUUGACUGAUAUUUCAAACCAACCUCAAGACACGUUUCCAAUAAUCGCUGAGAUCGUGGAUGCCCCAGACCAACAAGCUCCUUUCAAAGCUGAAUGGUUCAGUUUACUUAAAAAGGGCAGAAAUAUAAUAAUUUACAAGAAAGUGGUGUUGAAGCAAAUUCUUGCAACAUCAGUACACAAGAAGAUUUCUCAUCAUUUUCUAAUCUCUGAACAUUAUAAGGGAACUUUCAAAAGACGUCCACGGGAGUUUCCAACUGUAUUUGAUCUCAGCAAUGCCAUAACCGAAGAAGACCCAUUAUGCAUUGUGGUUACAAAUGACUGCACAUGGAAUGAAGAUGAAUUAUCUUCUCUCUGUGUUGGGGACCGCUUGGUUACUAUGUUUAAGAGUACUUCACAAGUGACCAUUGAUGGUGUCCUUCAGAAUUUGGAUGUGGUUGUGUGCAGCAAGGUCCCAGAGGAUGAGGAGGAGGAUGAGGAGGAGGGGGAUGCUUCCCAGAUUCUUAAGCUUCCCCUUUACCUGGAGGGUCGAUUUGUAGAAGAACUCCGUGACACAAAGAAAUACAAAUUCUCAGAAAUAUAUGAAAAAUUCAAACUCCCUUUACAAGUUAAGGUCACGUCUAAAGAUCCUUUCUUACCGAAUGACACCUUGACAUCCUUCCCAACAAUCAGACUGGAGGAGAUCUUUGAGAUGCCUACUUUAAUUGUCAGCUCUCUGGACAAUCCUUCUGAGUGCUUCUCAAUCCCAGUAGAAUGGGUGACUAUGACCGUCCAAGUCUUGGAAGAUUAUUGUGGAAAAGGCUUCUGCUACGAACAUGUGGCCACAGUAGAAGAAUUAACCAACUUCAUGUACUAUAACCUGUGGAAAGGGUCUACUCAGACUCAAUGUCCUCCACCUCGGCCUCCUAAACGACUUAGCAAAGGAACUCUCUCAGUACCAUCCAUCCCAGUUAAAAAUCCUUCUAACUCUUCUCUUCCAGACAACAAUCAGGUCAAACCACCCUCACUUCCUGAGAGAUCAUAUGCCUGUCCGAACUCUAACACUGCCACCAAGAGCAAGACAUUGCCAAUGGGAAAACUCUUUUCCAAGCAGCAUGCAGAAGCUACUCCUAAUGAAUACGCAAAAGCCCAGAAAAGGGUAAAAAAGAAAACUCCUCAGGUUCCUAAAGUUCCUUCCAAUGAAACAGCAGAGGAAUUAAGCUGUGAAUAUGACCAUGAUUAUGAAAGUUUGGAAGAAGUUGUUCCAGGGGCUUUAAAUAAAAAAGCACAGAUUCCUUUCAAUGAAGUAACAGAAGAGUUGAACUUUGACAGUGACCAUGACUAUGAACAAGUAGAAGGAGUCAACCUAAAGACUCUACAGUCAAUGAGAAUAUGGACACCAUAGCUUUUGAAGAAUAAGCAACCUGGGGAUGCCCAAGGAUUGGAGGAUGAAUAGCUCCUGAGGAAACUGCACUGAAGUGACUGAACCCGAAGUAUGAUAAACAAUAAUUUGGAAAGACAUUUUUUGAAGAGGAAGCAAAGAGAACAACUUUCACUUCCAGAGCUAUAGACCUGUAUAUUUUGACAAUGUCAACAUUAUCCGUUUUAACAUUUCUGUGCUGCAAUCUAGAUGGCAAUGAAAUCAACAUGAAAUGAAAUAGGGAAGCUUCUCUCAUCCUGGUUUGCAUCUUUACCAUCAGGUUUUCAGUUAUGCUCUUCAGGGUUUAAUCCCCUGCUUUGAUUAUUAGUACUAAAAUUGUUUAUCACAAUACUGUAUAAAAGUCAUAAGCAUAUAUAUUAUAGAGCUUAGGAUUUUUGCACUGUACUUUUUGUACUGUACUGCUGCCACAAAAAAAAAACAAAUUUCAUGACGUGUGAAUGAUGAUAUUCCUGUUUCUGAUAGGGGUCCCUUAUUGUGGAUUGAG